AUGAUGGCGCUCUUACAAGUAAUGUUAUACAUGUGUGUUGUCAGUUCCAUCACCGCUCUGCCUGUCGAUGAUGAUGAUGUCGUGAUAGUUGGUGAUGACUCCAAUGCUAUUGAAGAUUCGGAUGUCAUUGACCUGUCGGGUUUGGGUCCUGAAGCGUUCACCUACCCCAAAAACGAAAGUGGGGACGCAUUAGCGACGUGGUCGGAGUCAUCGCUGAUGAAUCCUGAGGAGAUGAGCUUCUAUGGCGAGGGUGACAUCCUGAUACCCACCUACAUGAGGAACGCGGUCCGUGAUCAGACUUCGCGAUGGCCGAACGGUCACAUCCCUUACCUUAUAGAGGGGAACUUCAAUCAAGACCAACGUGACAACAUAAUGAAGGCCAUAGCUGACUACCAUCGACUGACGUGCCUCCGCUUCAUCCCUUACAAAGGACAGAAAGAUUACAUCGUGUUCAAGAGCGCCAACACCGGCUGCUGGUCCAGUGUUGGACGAUUAGGUGGUCGCCAAGAAGUGAACCUCCAAACACCAGGCUGUGUGUCCAAAAAGGGUACCGUCCUCCACGAAAUAUUACACGCGGUUGGCUUCAUUCACGAGCAGAGUCGACCGGAGAGAGACGACUUCGUGAAGAUCAAUUACAAUAACAUCAGAAGCGGUUCUGAAGGAAAUUUCAAGAAGUCUGAUUCCAAACGCGUCGCCGACCUCGGUAUACCGUACGAUUACAACAGCGUCAUGCAUUACUCUGAAUACGCGUUCUCGAAGAAUUCAAAGAAAACCAUCGAACCUAAGACGGGAGGCAUGAAGGUUGGACAAAGGGAAGGUUUAAGUCGCGGAGAUGUGAAGAAAGUCAAUGCGAUGUACAACUGUAAAAAAGAGGAACCUCAAACUGGCUGGGUCGGCUCUAUCUGGCAGUCAAUAUUUGGAUGA